UGCAGCAGCAGCAUCAGGGUUUGCGCCAUCGUCAGGGAGGAGGAGGAGGACUGACUGUGACCAAUGAGACGGAUAUUCCGGUUGUAGCUCGUGCACAUGCCCGGUGAUGUCGUCAUCGGGAAACCACUAACGUGUUCACAGCGCAGCCUUCACUAAGAUGGAUGAGCGCGGGCUGGAGCUGCGGACUCAUGCGGCAACAUCAACAUUAAAGCAACUUGAUGGAGAAAACUAGAGGAUUCCCUUUAAGAUGACACGCACAGACCCGCCUGACCUACUGCUAUCAACUGUGCAUCGAGAUAUAAAAGUGAUUCCCAUUUCUUCACAUUACAAGUCCCUUCAACCCUCCAAACAAUGUGAUUCUCUAAAUUACAACACACUGGAGGACAGUAAGAGUAAAGUCAAUAAGAGGCACUGCCAUACCUUUGACUAUAAGUCAUUGGAGUACCCGAGCUCACACCAAUAUUCAAUGGAGUCCCCAUACAGGAAAGCUGAAAGGCACGCAGCCAACCAAGAUGUUGCCUGGGAUUCCUUGGGCCGCCAACAGAGAUAUCGCUUUUCUGCUCCAGACAUUUUUAGCCAUAGGUUGACUUCUCAACCAAUGGCCGCUGAUAUGGCAAGUGAGGUAGUUGUCCCUGAGCAAAAAAGAAGGACCAGGUCAAAAAGUGCCCCUCGGGUCCAGACCAAUCUCACCCCUGUGUCUUUUGAAAGGUGCUCUUCAUCAGGGAGGAAGGGAAGGGAGUACCAAAGGGCUGCAAGAGACUCUCACUGGAGACAAGAAGAAUCACCACGCAGGGAAUCAUCGUACGCUGCAACAAGGGCGCAAAAGCACGAACUACAUCCCAUUAAGUUGCAACCGCAAAUGGGCGACAGCAGUAGAUAUUCACCUCACUAUGCUGCCGAUACGACUGAGGAUGGAGGGAUGGAUAAACCAGCAACUAGCCCUCAUGUCAGGUGCCGGAUGGACAUCAAACCGGAUGAUGCAGCCUUACAUCAUUCUGGACAGAAACAGUCUACACCACAAAUGGACAUUCCGUGGCAGAGGCACCACAGUGCAGGGAGUAGGAGUCUGACUGUACCACGCCAUUUCUCCUACUCAAGAACACCAACCCCCACUGACUCAUUAGGUCCAGAGAGUAGGCAAGCUUAUCAAUAUUCCCGCAGCAUGCCAAACACUUUCUUACAAUCCAUGGAUAUCCCCUCACAAAGAAUGCCUCCAUCGGGUGAUUACUACGGAAGGGAAAGAAGAGCUCACUCGAGUCCCAGUGUGCCAACAAAGUUCUUUUAUGCAGACAACCCAGGGCGAUAUGUGACAACUGUUCAACCAACCUCGUACUAUCACGAUGAACGUUACACACCGGGACAAGCAUAUACUCCCAAAGUGCAAUAUGUGCAAGAUCCAAGGACUCGAAUGGUGCAUGCUGUCACUACAAGACCUUAUUAUCCUGAGAUGGAGUCCUAUCCAUACUCUGUGCAAACAGGGUAUCCCAAAACCUACACAGCAAAUGAACCAGGGCCAUACAUUAUACAGACACCUCCAACUAGAAUGUUUUAUGGGGACGAUCCAAGGUCUUAUCAAAUCCAGACUGCUCCACCAAGGUUUUACUAUCCCAGUGAUGUGUAUGCAAUGCCACCCGAGCAUCACGUCCCAGCGAGGGCAUAUUACACAGAAGGUCGAAGACAUGCUCGAGUUAUUCAGGCUCAAACAGAUGACUGGUACGGCUCAGAAGCCUCUGGUUAUUCCACUAAUCCUGCCUCUUACGUAUCUCAAGUCACUCCAACCAGAGUCCGGCAAGAGCCUGUGUUAGCACAUUGGUACACUAACCCGUGUGUAGAACCUCAAAGAAUCAGCACAGAUUCCAAAUCUUACUCAAGGUCCUGGGACAAUAUUCUCAACUAUCAUGGAGAGAAGGAGCAACCUCCUCCUGUGCAGCGGCGUCAGAGCUAUGAUGAUCUUCUUGACUCCAGGAAGCCUGCGGCAGACGCAGCUGACAAGCCAGAACCAGUGGUUGUCAAUCUCUCCAGUUCCCCAAGACGCUAUGCAGCCUUAUCAAUGUCUGAUAACUCACUAAUUGACAAAAGUCCAACAGAGACUGUAAAGAGCAGCACCAGUAAACUCUGGUUUGUCACUCCAGAGAUAACAAUCACUGACAAUGACAUUCAACCAGGGAAACUUAAUAAGGCUGAAGGGCGGUCUGCCAGCUGGGAUGUUCUUGACUCCAGAAAUAUCAAGGGUCCAGAAUUGUCUCAGUGUGACUUCGAAAGCGCAACCAAAGAGAAGACACAUGACAAUGCCUCACUACAGCAAAGCCUAGAACAACUUGACGAGCUUCUUGCAGAUCUUGUGACAGACUACAAGCCGCCGAGCAGAAGGGCCAGUGAAGACAUUCUGGAUCAACUCAAGAAGUUAAUUGACGAAGAGGAAGCAGCGUCGCUGUCCAGAAAGAGCUCAAAGGCAGGUGCGGAGGAACCGCCACCUCUUGACAAGCAGCCAACCUCGAUACGAAUGAAUCCAGAUGCUUUUCUAGAUAUGGAUGCAGCUAGUGACGCUAUGAAGAGUGCAGAUGAGUGUUCCCCAGAUCAGAGCCCAGACGAGGACGAUGCAAUGAUGUGCUCCAACAACAAAUGUCGGAGGACAGAGACCCUUUUCAACGCUUGCUUAUAUUUUAAAUCCUGCCACAGCUGCUACACCUACUACUGUUCCCGUAACUGUCGCAGAGAGGACUGGGACAUUCAUAAAGAAAGUUGCUUGUAUGGAAGAAUGGGCAGCACAUGUCGUCACAUCAUCAAGCACUGCCGGGAGACUGUAGAAGUCCACAAAGCCUUUUCACGUAUAGCAAAAGUCGGCUACCUUUCUCGGGGUAGAGGAGUUCUCUUUCUUGGUUUUCCAAAUCCAGCCUCAUCCAGUAAUUUUCUGCAGUAUGGUUUGGAUAGUCUACAUAUGUCUCCUACCUACCUAUCUCUUCGGGAGCUUGAUAGCUUCAGGGACAAUCUGGGGGAGUACUGCAAAGAGCUGCAGCAAGCUGGUAAAGAGUACGACCCAAAUGAAUGCUUCAUCCUGAAUGUAUCCAUUGCUGUAGGUGAGCAACUGCCCGAUGGGCCAUCGCCAAGGAACCAAGCUCCAACUGUGAGAAAAUAUGCAAAGGUCGCCCUGGCCUCCUUCAGCCCCGAGCGGAAAGUUCAGAAGAAAGAGAGUGACAUGGAAACGCUGAUCCUCACGCCACCGCCUGGAACGGCAGAUAUCGACAAAGAGGGAGAGGAAGGCAGGAAGGCCAGGGAAAUCUGUUUCAUCAACAUACAGCGAGAGCUGAGAAUCCGAGGGGUUUUCCUACGCCACGAAUAUCCACAAGUGUAUCAGCAGCUCUGUGAGUUUGUGGAAAGUAACAGAAGGUUCACACCCACAACCAUCUACCCUAUUGAUAAAAGGACCGGUAAACAGUUCAUGUGCAUGAUUAUGGCUGCCUCCGAGCCCAGGACCUUGGACUGGGUAGGCACCCCGCAUCUCCUAGAUGACAUUAUUUAAGUGCGUCUUUUGUUGUAAAUAUAUAUAUGUAUAGAAAUACAUAUAUAUUGUUACACAUAUUUAUAUAUCAGUCCAAUCAGAAACAUUUGCAGAUAAGUAUUUUGUUAUCCAAAUGAUAUAUAUUCAUGCCUGCUUGGUCAGUAUUAGUCUUUAUGAGAAUAAUUCCUGUCAGGUGGAGAAUGAGUACAUUACAUUUUCGUUUAUCCGCCACAAGUCGUUCAUCUACUGUAGAUCCUGGUCAUGUACUGUUACAACACAUUACAUACACUGAUUGUUUUUAUGUGUAUGUUUUUCAUAACUCUGCCUCUUGACAGUGACAGAGUCCGCUGGUGAAAAAUGACUUAUUUUUCAUACACAUACUUCAAUGGUAUACCUUUCAGAAAAUGUGAUUAUUGUUUAUUUUUUUAGUUAUGUAAGAAGUACUUUCUAUGCAAAGUUACAUUAUGACUCAUAUUAUAUUAUAUUAUAUUAUAUUAUAUUAUAUUAUUCUGAUACAUACAAACUUUUACUGGCAACGGAAAUCCUCAUCCUAAAUAAAUAAAUAAAAGUGAAAGAAAGAGAUAGUCGUGCUACUGUAAACAUAUAUAGAAACAGACAUUAAGUCUUAAUGUUACUUAGGUAGAAAUACUAUAUUGAAAUUUAAAAAUGUUUUGUUCCAUUACUGAGUCUAAUGUGCUUUGGAGACUAACUUUAGUAGUUCUUUAAUUCUGCAGAGCAGGACUAGGAGUGAUGCUGAUGCAAACUCCACAAUGGAUAUUAAAGGGGUAGUUCAGUGUUUUCUUUGAAGUGCUGUUGUAUGGACACAGCCUGU